AGCACGAGACGCUCCCGCGCGUGCUCCCACAAAGAAAACGGUCGAAGCUGCGAGCGGGGCGUGCAACGUUAGGUUCGGCGCAGCUGUGACGCCCGAACCAGCACGAUAAAUCGCCUAACCAAAAAAGAGCUCCGCCACGAACCAUGGUGACCUCGGCCGCCGCUUCCCUCCUGCUGGUGGUGGCAGCGUGGAUGUCCGCGUUCGCGCCCGUCCUGACCGUGUGCCGCCCCGAGUACCGCAAGAGACCGACUCACACCGCCUGCCAGCAUCCCGCAUCUUGGUGCAAGGUGGUCGCUAGCGGCGUGAGCGCGGCCGAGCGCACCCUCAUUCUGAAGAUCCACAACGACUACCGCAGCCAGGUCGCGCAGGGCCGACUACCGGGAUUUCCGGCGGCAACCGACAUGCAGGAGCUGAUCUGGGACGACGAGAUGGCCGACGUGGCGCAGGCCCACGCAAGCCUCUGCGUGCCGCCCGGCGGUAGCUUGAGCCACGACAAGCACGAGGACCGCUUCACGACGCGCUUCGACGUCACGGGCCAGAACUUGGGACUGCAGUUCGCGACGAACGCCCCUACGGGACCCAACUGGAAGCCGAUCAUCGACAGCUGGUUCAACGAGUCCGCGGACUACCCGCCGGGCCUCGUCUCAGGUUUCCCGACAAUGCCGACGCGCAAGGCAACGGGCCACUUCACCCAGGUCGUCUGGGCGAAGAGUCGCUACCUGGGCUGCGGCUACGCCUACUUCGUCGCCACGGGCACGCACCUUCCCCACACGCGCAAGUACACGUGCAACUACUACGCGUCCGGAAACGUGGUGACGUGGCCCGUGUACCAGAGCGGCGCCACGUGCAGCGCCUGCCCGUCCUCCACCCGGUGCGACCAGUCGACGGGUCUGUGCGACUGCCAGUCGUCGCUGUCGCCUCACUGCGCCGUUAGCCACCAUAGCGCCGCCCACGGGUCAUCGGGCCAGCAAGGCACGUCUUGGCUGUCGUGGCUCCUCGUAGUGGCCGCCGUUGUAUUCAGGCUGCCGCUAGCGGGCGCGGGUGUUUACUUCCUCGGCCAGAGAUACGUAGCCCACUCGAGCACCACGCCUUCGGACCCGACCGGUGGCACGACGGCCGGGUAACGCGAGGACGAACCCAUGAGGACCGAUGCGCGGGACGGCCCACCGAUUAGAACCGUGUAUACGUGUCGUGUAAAGCGAUAUGCCGCCCGUGCCGCCUGCGCACGUGUCGUGGUCGCGCUUAAAGUGACUGCGAGUGUCUCCGCGCGGUUGUGCGUGCGUGUACGCGUCUCUGUGAGCGCGCGUCUAUGUAUGUGCGUGUGCACUCACGGUGCGUACGUCUGUGUGCCUGCACGCGUCCGCUAUCGUGUGCACGUGGCCGUCCUUGCGCGACGACGACGAACACGGAGCAUACAGACACGACAUUGCUGUGCGUUUUUUGCUGAAGAGGUCCUCUCGACAACUGAGUGAUAGCCCGUCGCCUCCUCUGUACGAUAAACAGCCUGACUUAUCGGAUUGCUCGCGCGACUCAACAUACUGACUUUCUUUCUAGUCUUUUUUUAAAGCGCAGGUUACAAGCACCCGUUCAUGCGGCGAGCGUCAGCGUCUUCGUAACCGAGCGAACGAGCCCAGCGAAAGAUGAGAGCGAACGCGGGGCGCAGCGGCGGAUGAAAGAACUCUGUGUGAAAAUUAGCGCAUACUGGUUAAAUAUGACGCUUGUUAUAAAGUGUCGCGCACUCUACAAACGUUUACGAUUAAUUGUACUCAUUUUAUAUUUACAUA